AUGGAUGAGAGGAUGAAGCAGUUUGCUAAAAAUGGAGAUAUUAAUGCCUUUUACCAAUUAAUUAGAGAGGAUGUAAAACUUUUGGAGCACAUCGAUGAGCUACCAUUUGUUGAUACUCCUUUACACAUAGCUGCAUCUACUGGGCGAAUCCCAUUUGCCAUGGAGAUGAUGGGUUUAAAGCCCUCAUUUGCACGGAAACUAAAUCAAAAUGGGUUUAGCCCUAUUCACCUCGCUCUACAAAAUGGACAUAUUGAGUUGGUGCGUCGGCUUCUACAAAUUGAUAGGGACCUUGUUCAAGUCAAAGGAAGGGAGCGUCUCACUCCUUUGCAUUACAUAGUACAAAGUGAUGUGACGGGGCGAAACGAGACUGCUUUGCAUAUUGCCCUCAAAUAUAAUAGGCUCGAGGUUUUUAAAUUCUUAGUGACAUGGCUUGGAGUAAUUGUUUAUAAAAAUGCUAUAUUGUAUCAAAGAACAGUCCUGAACUGGAAGGAUGAUGAAGGCAAUACUGUGUUACACAUUGCAGUAUCAAAAAAUCAAUCCGAGGCUGUGAGGCACUUACUCGCUUGGGGUUACAACUUUGUCGAUGUAAACCAUAAGAAUUUAAAAGGUAAAACAGCAUGGGAUAUCGUGCAGCCACAAGGAGAGAAUGGAGAGAAUCGGGAUAUCUUGCAAGGGCAAACACAAGUAGAGAAUCGGGAUAUCUUGCAAGGGCAGCCACAAGUAGAGAACGGAGAGAAUCGGGAUAUCUUGCAAGGGCAGACACAAGUAGAGAUUCGGGAUAUCUUGCAAGUGCAGCCACAAGUAAAGAACGGAGAGAUUCGGGAUAUGCUACGCCGUGCUAGAGCUAAAUCGAGUUCAUCUGUUUCUACAUUUAAUAGGUAUGAAAAGUACCAAAUGCUACCAGAAUCAAGUUGUUUUCAGUUUUUGGAAACGGAUUUUAAACGUGAAAUAAGGAAAUUAUCAGAAGAAAGGCGCAGUAUGCUUCUGGUGGUUGCAGUACUUCUUGUAACAGUCAGCUAUCAAGCGGUACUCAACCCUCCUGGUGGACUUUGGCAAGAUGAUGGUAAGUGCUUCAAUACCACUGAAGUAGGGAGUAGUCCUAAUGGAACCGUUCAUAUGUUCAGUUAUUUUCCUCCAGGAAGGAGAAUCCCACCUACAUACAAUAAAACAGAAAAUGAUCCCACUUAUCUGACUCUGUUCAAUAGCACAUUAGCGUGUGAACACAAAGCAGGGGCAGCCAUUGCUUUUGAAGAUGGCCUUUUUCAGGUGUUCCUUGCUUGUAAUGCUAUCAUAUUUCUGAUCUCAAACUCAUUAAUUAUUUUCCUCGUUCCAAAUGGGUACAUGAAGGGUCUGUUCUUCGCACUCAAUGUCACCCUCUGUUUUAGCUAUUCUUAUGCACAACUUGCCAUAGCCGGUGAUCCAUAUAGGGCAUAUAUGGCAGGCUCCAGAUUGGUCAAAUUUUCCCACUUUGGAAAGAAUCAGGCUAAGUGGUUUGCAGAUUCAAUCAUGGGAGAAGAAAUGACUGAAUGA